CUUAUAAUAAUAUGUGGAAUAAUUAUUACGUUUUGUCUCAUGAUCUGAUCACGUGAUGCCCUAACCACGUGAGGCGGGUCGGACAGGUGUUUUAUGAUUGGAGGGCGUGAACGACAAUAAAAUUAUAGAGGACCCCAACUCGCUCCGUCUUAAAUCGUGGUAACAAAACACAACAUAUAGAUCUGAUCAUCGAAUAUAAUUAAUUCAAAUAUUAACGUGGAUUUUGAAUAACAUCACCAACUUGCCAAUGGCUAUUAACAGCAUAACGCUGACCCUGGUCCUCUGCAUUCUCCUCGGGCUAGACCGCGGCGGAGCUCUGGGAAUCUGCAGUGUAUCACACUGCAAGGACCCCGCACGGUGCGCGAUGUAUCCGAGCGGAACUGUGUGCAAGUGCACCAAAGGGUUCUAUGGAGAUCAGUGCGAUAAAGACGCCCAACUGAAAGUGCUCUGCGGCAAGGAUUUCAUAACGAUGCGAAUGGCUGAGGACUUUUUCAAAUACUAUGAAAUUCCUCUCGACUCCCUGCGUCUGCCCAACAAGUCCUGCCGAGCCCAGAGGGAGGUGAUAGGCGGCGUGCCGUACUACAUGGCCCGGAUAUCCAAAGAGAAGUAUGCUUUGUGUGGAGGCAAGCCACAGGAGAAAAACAUCACUCACAUCGCCUACUCGUUGACCCUGCUGUCAGCGGCCCAAGUGGUGGGAAACAUCGUGCGUGACCCGGUCAUCAGAAUAGACUACACGUGUGUCUACCCUUACACCCGGAGUGUCAGUCUGGCUUUCCCGGUCAUACCUUUAUCCAGUGAGACGCUGAUGCGUAUGGACGAGAUGGACGCCAAGGUGGAGAUGGCUUUGUACACGGACGCCAACUUCACCUCGGCCUACAGCCACGCCCCCACCAUCCACCUGAGGAACAAGGUGUACGUGGAGGUGAAGGUGACGGAGCCCGAGGAUUUCUUCGUGCUGGGAGUGGACGAGUGCUGGGCCAGCCAGUCCUCGGAGCCCGACGCCACCGGCCAGGCCGUCCACACCCUGCUCCACAGGGGGUGCGUGACCGACGACACCGUCGCCAUUCUGCACCGGAACGCCAGCGCGGGCCUGGGGGGCUCCAGCGAGGGCGGUUCCCUGACGCGCUUCUCCUUCGACAUGUUCCGCUUCGUGUCGGAGCCCCACGACCUCUACCUGCACUGCUCCGUCCAGCUGUGUGAACCCGACGACCACGCCCUCUGCACACCCAGCUGUAAAUCCAUCAUCAAGCGCGAGGCGCUGAGGGCCGAUAACGCUCACGGCCUGCUGUCCUACGGACCAAUCAGAGUAGAGAUGCCCGACCCACCGCAGCCCAGUCUGCUGAAGAUGGUGAUUCUGCCCUUGGCUGGAAUCUGGACCGUGGGCCUCUUCCUCCUCAUCCUCCUCAUCGUCGUCAAGUCAGGCCGCAGGAGGAUAGAAGUUUGAAUGUGUCUCGCUGCUGCAGCGAGUGCUUUGAAUGUGUCUCGCUGCUGCAAUAAAACGUACACAAUCCACCAGACUCACCAGUCCUCUAUUUUAAACUAUUUGUGUAAAACUUCAAAGCAGGACAUGGGGAUGUUCGUGAUUUUUUUCUUCCUUCCUUUCUUUAUUUUUCAUUUUGGUACAGUGGUUGUUGCUGUAGCGGCCUGUAGCCACCCCGUUAGCAGCACUGAGCUUGGUUUGUACUAAAUCUUGGUUUAUUUCGCCUCGUUUCUGUGGAUUGUGGAAUGCUAAUUAAACGCACGUUUUAAUGUAUUUAGUUGAAC